CUCCCAAUGUCGAGCUCAUCCGCACCUCCAUCCUACAAGUCUCCAGAGAUGCCAACCGAGACGAGCAGACCACUGCAACCGAUGUAUAUCAUUGAUCCAGAGACAAAUACCACGGCACUGCCCUAUCGACCUGGUCACUCUUCGAGUCUGGAAAAGCUAUACCGCCGAGCAUGCUGUGGCUCCCCUGCGGGACUACUUCUCUGGAUUCUGGGAUUAUUGGUGGCAAUCGUGGUUCCGAUCGCUGUUCUCUAUGCUCGCGGGCGUCUCUCACAUGAUCCAAAGCCCAUGGCCGCCGAGCUAGAGUCUUCGGCUUCCCCCAUUUCUCUAGUGUCCGUGACACUUCCGGAGCCAUCGACCACGAUAUCAAUCUCCACAUCCAUCACGACCACCACCAUUAGCUCUAUCUCGACCGAGACAGUACUGAGCACAGCAACGCUGAUGACGACAGUCACCUCAGUUUCGGUUUCCACUGUCACUUACUCUCCGCCGUCUACAGUCUUGGUGACAACGUCUGUCGUUACAACCGCCACUCCUACCGCCGCCCCCACACCUGCAACUCCGAAGAUCAUUGUCUCUCUUGCCACUGAACUCGUCAAAUCCACGGUCGCAGGAGCCUCUACGGUAACGGUCGAGGGGCCCUCAACUGUCACCGUCGCAACCACUACCGUUCACCCUAGUUUGACUACACGAUUCGUGACGCCAGUGACAGGCCCGCUGCGUCGCCCGACAGAGUCUGAUUCUGCUGUGUCGAAAGGGCCGAACGCCUCAUGUCCGGGCAGUCGGACAGAUGAGGAUUGCCAGAAGAUCUGUAAGAAUGCGCAGCGCUGCGGAGACAAUAGUGUCGGCGCUUUUGCUGGCCUGCAGGAGUGUUGUGUUUACUGUGACUGU